AUGAAUAUAUCUAUACCUUCUAUACUAAUUGCCAAUUCUCAUAAUCUUAUCACAUCUACAAGUGAUCUAGCUAUAUCUACUAUUACUAGUACUAACUCUAGCAAUCUUGUAGCUACAAUUGCAAGCUUUAGUAGCCCAGCUAUAUCUAUUGCUAUUAAUACCUCUAAUAAUUUCAUUACAUUCAAGUCUGGUAAUUUUACCAUAUCUACAUUAUUUAUCGAACCUAGUAGCUUUACUGCUAACCUAAGAAAAGAAAGAAAUUUUUUAAAAAUUCUUGCUGAUUUAAUUACUCCUAGUAAAGAAAUAUUUAGAGUUAGUAGUAGUGAAGAGAAAAGUAAUAAAAAUGCAAUAUUAAGUUUAGUUCAGCUUUAUAAUAAAGCAAAACAUUCUCAAAAGUAUACAAUAUUAGCAAACUAUGCUAAAAUAUGGUCCUGGUAUCGAUUUGCUAAAGUAUUUGAGGAUUGA